AUGAGUACAUCUACCUAUACGAGGCGGCCAUGGUACCGCACCACGUUCUUUAACAUCACCGUGGUCUCUGUCUGUGCUUUUAUCGCACCGGGACUGUGGGCGGCUAUGAAUGGCCUUGGGGGAGCAGGCGCCGCGGACCCGCACUACGUCAACGCCGCCAAUUCAGUCAUCUUCUGCCUGCAAGUCCUGGUCUGUAUAUUCGGCAGCGCCAUGAUUGCAAAGAUCGGAUUGAAGUGGGCUUUAGUUCUUGGUAUGGUGGGCUUUCCAAUCUACGCCUCGAGUGUAUAUUGCAAUAUCCGGUACAACAAUACAUGGUAUAUCAUGCUGGCUUGUGUCAUCGACGGGGUCUCAUCGGGAAUCUUCUGGCUUACUGAGGGGGCUAUUGUGCUCGCUUAUCCGGAGAAGCAUCGACGGGGUAAGUAUCUGGCGUAUUGGCUCGGGAGCCGAAUCGUGGGCCAGAUGAUCGGUGGCUCGGUCACGCUAGGAGUCAACGCUGGGAAUCGAGAACAGGGCCAUAUAAGUGUGAAGACGUACUUUAUCUUCAUCUCCAUACAGGCCCUAGGCCCAUUUGUGGCGGCUCUGCUAUCGUCUCCGGACAAGGUCCAGCGAUCGGACCAGUCCCCCGUUUCACUUGACUUGCCUAGGAGCCUCAAGGCUGAACUGAACGUAAUGUGGACGUUGGUUUGCCGGAAGGAAAUCCUCUUACUCCUGCCCAUGAUAUUUCAGAGUGUUUUCUCCGAAGCCUUCUUCUCGACUUACAACGCAACCUAUUUCACCGUGCGAUCUCGUGCUCUCGCCUCCCUCGUAGCUAGUACGUGUGUGAUCAUCGCGAACUUCAUGCUAGGGUUCUUUCUGGAUUGGAAGCGACCGAGCCUGAAUACUCGCGCGAUAGCAGCGUUCGUGUUGAUCUACGGCUUCGAGCUGUCUCUUUACAUAUACGCCAUGAUCGUCACUAAGGAGUACGAGAGAAGAGACAUUCCGCCUGUUCUAGACUGGGCCGACGACGGUUUUGGUCGUGGCGUCUGCGUCUACAUACUGAUGCUCGUUGGGUUUAAUCUGAUGUACGAUUAUCUCUAUUGGCUGAUUGGUACCGUCAACCGCAGUGGUGGUGAUAUUGUGCGACUGAGUGCUGUUGUUCGUGGCGUCGAGAGCGCCGGGCAGGCGAUAUCCUAUGGGAUCAACUCGAUUGAUCAGACGCGCUUCCCUCUCUCCGGAGCUGUUGCCGUGAAUUUGUCGUUCUUUGCGGCGUGCAUUGUUCCAUCGGCCUUUGUCAUUUUUAGGGUUGGCAUUAUAAAUGGUGUCAAGGUGUACCGGAUUCAACAGGAUGAAGAGGUGCACGGUGGUGGGAGCGAUGCAGGGAAAGGACCAGACAAUAACUCUCAUGGCAUUUAA